AUGGCUGUCAGUCAGGCCGGCGUCAGGUUAUCCAUAUGGAUGGCCGUGUUUACCAGCCUUACCACGGCCGUGAUCGCCUUGCGCAUCUGGGCGAUCCAUUUAACUCGCAAGAGUCACCAGCUCAGCGAUUAUCUACUGUUUGUCGCCUAUAUUGCGACGAUUAUCAUGGUCGGCUUGAAUUAUUGGGCUGUCGCGAAUGGGUUAGGCGCGCAUACCGUCACGCUAUCGAAAAGUCAACUCAAUGUGCAAUUCAAGAUGAUCGUCGGAAUUAGCAUGACAUGGCUCACGGGCACCGUGUGCUGCAAAUUAUCGAUCCUCGCUCUGUAUACGAGUCUAUUUCACACAUUCCGCCCAAUUCGCAUCCUCGUAUGGACGGUGAGCGGCCUCGUCGUCGCAUACUUUAUCGCCUUUCUACCCAUUUUCCUCACGCAAUGCCAUCCCAUCUCCCAGCAGUGGGCUCCCGUACCCGGAGGUGGAUGUCGGUCUUUGGCGAUCCAGGAGAUCGCCUCAAUCGCCCUGAACAUCUUCCUAGACACGACUAUCGCAUUGCUCCCGAUUCCCGCGCUCUGGCGACUCCGCAUGGCACUCCGCAACAAGCUCACAAUUGGCGUGAUGUUCGGAAUGGGCCUCGUCGUUGUGGCCGUCAUGAUCUGGCGUCUAGUCAUAACUCUCGACCCAGACACGAACAAAGACUUUGUAUUCGGUCUCUACCAAAUCGGCCUUGUCAGUUUCCUCGAACUCUGGCUCAGCAUGAUCAUCGUCAGCCUACCCGCGCUGGCACCUCUGUUCCGCCAUUACAUCGAGCCUCUCUUCUCGCAGAAGCGACCGAGUGCCGGGAACCUUCGCGAAGCCCAGCAUACUAUUGGAAGUGAGCCGCGUAGACGGGGGAGUAUUUGUACUCGGACAUCGAAAUGGGAGGUGGCAAUUACUCGGCGCAUUUCUUCGCAGAGUGAGGGUGAAGACACUAUCGGUUUGGUGAGAGAUAUGCAGCCCAAUGCGAUCGCGAUCGCGAUGAGAAGGGAAGUUGUUGUUCAUGAGGGUCGCAACCCGAGCCCGCUUUGA